AAACCUAUGCUAAGCGUUGCAAAAUCGAAAUAUAUACAUUUUAUAGCUAACUUUAGUUUCUGAAUUAUUACAUAGACUAAAAUGUGAAAUGAGUGAUUUUGAGUUCAUCCAAACAUCUCGUCCCUUUACAAAGAAGAAAUGUCAAGUUUUGCUAAGCUAACAUUACAUGACACACACUACAGCUUCACUGCAAGCACUGAGACGUGUUAAAUUUGGGAAUUGUAACAUCUUGCACAGAAAGUCCAUAAACUUUUUUUGUUUCCGGGUUAUUUGGUUAUAUGUUUAAUCAUGACAACGCGAAAAAGAAAGAAAUCGCUAUUACCAAAUUCAGAGGAUCAAACAGAUGGUGAAGCUGUCAAGAUACAAAUUCAGUGUCAGCCAGAUCAUUCAUUACAGGUCGUUCAUCAAAAUGUGGGUAAAGAUGAGAGUUUGAGCCCUUAUUUCUCAACGAAAGAUGCCGUCAGGUUGGAUUACAGCUUCUUCAACCAGCCCUGUGUUCAGCUGGCUAAAGCUUUUUUGGGAAAGGUGUUGGUGAGGAAGCUAACCGAUGGCACCGAACUCAGGGGAAGGGUUGUGGAAACCGAGGCAUAUUUAGGUGGAGAGGACAAGGCGUCCCACUCGGCGGGAGGAAAACGUACAGAGAGGAACGCUGCAAUGUUCAUGAAGCCUGGAACCAUCUAUGUCUAUCCCAUCUACGGCAUCUAUCUCUGCAUGAACGUCUCAAGCCAAGGGGAGGGGGCGGCAGUGCUUCUGCGCUCACUGGAGCCUCUGAGCGGUCAGGACGUCAUGAGGGGCCUGCGAGCAGCCAAACGCAGGGAAGGAGCCAAAAUCCUUAAAGAUAAAGAACUCUGCAAUGGUCCAUCCAAGUUGUGCCAAGCACUAGAUAUACAGCGCUGCUUUGACCGUAGGGAUCUGGCAACCGAUAUGGAGGUAUGGCUUGAGACGGACCAAGGAGACACGAUUCAUGCCGGAGAGGUGGUGUCUGCCCCCAGGAUCGGAGUCGAGUCUCAUGGGGAAUGGGCUACCAAACCACUGCGCUUUUAUUCGAGAGGCCACCCAUGUGUGAGCGUGCUGAACAGAGACGCAGAGCGUCAGAUGAGCACACAGUCCUGCACUGACUUUUCCAUUUUGGGACCACACAUAAUAGAGUAAAGACUAGUCUAAUUACCACGUUCACCAAUUAAGUCUUUUAUGCGAAUGAGUAUCAUGUGUGUUUGUUAACAGCUUAAUAAAAACAUGUUUUGCA